AUGGCGAAACGGAAGACGGGGCCUCAGCCCCAAUCCACCAUUCAACCAACUCUUCCUUCAAUCUUGUCUACUCCAUGGACUUUCCUUCACCCUACCGAUGACUUACAUACCCUAAUUGCAAAUUCCACCAAACAAAUUCUGGAUCCGCUUGCCUCCUCUGUUGUAGAGGAGCAAUCCAUGCGUCGCCAGGUCAACAAGAAGCGCAAAAGGUCGGAAGCUGAAUCGGAUUCAGUAUACCCCCCUUUACAAUUGAAGAACCUAUAUGUGGAUGGAUUCACAUCUAGCCAGAUCUGGGAACAGGCUACAAGGAUUCUCGAUGCCGCCGGGAAUGAAAUCGAGAGGGAUGUCAACUUGCUGGCAACUAAUGAUGAAUCGUCAUCAUCCGUUAGUGAAGAAGAGUCGGACUCGCUGGAUUUUUCCGACCUCGAGGGAACCGACUCCGAGAGCGACGGUGUCGGCAUGCCAUUCGGUGCCAUAGAAGAUGCGAAUGUCGACUCCGAGAUCGACGAGGCGCAGGAAUCCGAAUCCGACUCUCCAGAUAACGAAGAACCGGAGGAUGUCGACAUGAUCGACGAAGACUCGGAUGAGGAUGAAGAGGCAUCCAUAAAAUCCACUGAAGAUCCUGGGGUCUACGUUGAAGAUCGCUUUGGACUCAAUGACGGGUUUUUUUCGAUUGAUGACUUCAACAAGCAAACUGAAAUCUGGGAGAGACAAGACGCCAACGGGGCGAACGUGGAUGCCGACGACAGCGAUGAGGAUCUAGACUGGCAUGCAAAUCCACUAACUGCUGGGAAUGUGAUGUCUAGUGCCAAGGGAAAUACAUCAAGCAAAGCAAACAAGCUAGAUGACAUGGAUGUGGAUGACAGUAGUGAAGAGGAGGGGCCAACCUUUGGCAAUGCCGAUCUUCACGGAGAGGACGACGAGGACGACGACGAUGUUUCAGAUAUAGGCGACAUGGAUGCCCCUGCUUGGAUGGAUACAAGCGACAUCAAGUACACCGACUUUUUCGCCCCUCCACCACGCAAAGCUUCAUCCAAGAAAGCACGUGCACUUCCGAAGACUCAGCCCACCGCAACUAUUUCGGAUAAUGACGUUGAUCGUGCCAUGGAGAACGUGCGGUGUGAUUUGUUUGACGGAGAGUCCGAUAUCGAGGACGAAGGAGAUGCUGCCGAUGGUGCCGAUGAUUCUCAAGCCCCCAAAUCAACACAUGAGAAGCAGAGGGCGCGAAUCGCCGACGAAAUUCGUCGAUUGGAAGCGGCCAACGUGGCAAAGAAGGAAUGGAUGCUUGCCGGUGAAGCUCGUGCCGUCGAAAGACCUGUCAAUUCUCUAAUUGAGCAAGAUCUGGACUUUGAAAGAGUCGGCAAGCCAGUCCCUGUCGUGACGAAUGAAACCACCGAGGAUAUCGAAGAGCUGAUCAAGCGCCGAAUUCUUGCCACCGAGUUUGAUGAAGUGAUUCGCCGCCGCCCAGGUGCUACCGACGCUAAAGCCACACGCAGCAGCCGCUUUGAGCUAGAGGAUACCAAGGCACAGCAAAGUCUAGCUGAAAUCUACGAAGCCGACCAUUUGCGUGCUACCGACCCGAAUUACGCGGAUUCGAAAGACCGCAAGCUGAUGCGGGAACACGCCGAGGUCAACAACCUCUGGAAGGAAAUCAGCUCACAAUUGGACACGCUUUCCAACUGGCAUUACAAGCCCCAGGCGCCCCAGGCGAACAUUAGCGUUGUGACUGACGCAUCAACUAUCAUGAUGGAAGAGGCACGCCCUACGGCGGGAAGUGCGGCCGACGGGCCAUCGGCUCUAGCACCCCAGGAAAUCUACGCUCCCGGCGAUGAUGGAAGAGCUGCAGGCGAGCUGGUGCUAAAGACCGGUGCCACUAUAUCUAAGGAAGAGAUGAGUCGGGAGGAGAAAGCGCGGGCUCGUCGCCAGAGAAAGAAGCAGAAAUCCCAUGAGGAGCCGACCCAGAAGAAGGGCAAGGCUGCUGAGAAACAACAGCUUGUCUCGGACUUGAAGAAGGGUGGCGUCAAGGUUGUCAACAAGGAGGGCCAAGUUACGGAUAUGAAUGGCGCUAGAGUUGGGACUAAUGCCAAGAGUAGCGCUGAUAAUUUGAAGCUAUGA